UAGUUCAUUCUAACCGUUCAAACGCGACUUGGCAGACGCGCGCGCAGAUACUGUUCGCGAGUACGGAGUGGCGUACACACACGACCCGCGGUGAAAUACUCGACCAUUGUCAUUGCAGUAUCAUCGUUGUUGCCAUAAUCGGAUCAGUCCGGAUAAAAUAUUAGUGAAAAGACACGCUACAAAUAAAUAAUAAUAAUCAUCUGCUAUAUUUUAUAUGAAUAAGGUUCGCGAAUUUCGUCCGGUGCACAAUCCGCGUCCCAUGGUGAAACUUUGAAUUUCAAAUAACUUACGAUCGCUGUUGUUUAACGUUACUCAUUAUUCGUACGGAAAUCCUGCACGUCGCAACGCGAUGACCACCGAAGAGAAGCAAGCCGCGAUGGCCCGCGUUAAGAGCACCGUGUCGUUCGCGGACAUGGUUGACGAUCAAGAUGUAGGAGUCGACGGUGAUGAUGGUGACGAGGGGCACCAGGAUCAGGACGAAGAGGAAAUGCUGCUAAACGAUACAACCAGGACUCGGGUGUUCAGCGUAUCCAAAGACCGCCCGAUCACCAGAAUCCCGACCCGAGUCGAGAUGAAGACGUUGACGCACAAGGCGAAAAGGCCUGCCGUCGACAUCGAAUUCCACGAUCUGACUUACGCCGUCAACACCACAGCCGGACAAAGAACGAUACUAAAAGGCAUAAAUGGGUUUUUCCGCUCCGGACACCUGACCGCCAUAAUGGGUCCUUCCGGUGCAGGGAAAAGUUCACUGAUGAACAUUCUCGCUGGAUACGUGAGUAGUGAUAUCAAAGGACAAAUUCUUACAAAUGGACAUCCUAGAAACAUGCAACUAUUUAAAAAACUCUCUAGUUACAUAAUGCAAGAAGACUUGCUGCAACCCAGACUUACAGUCAUAGAAUCGUUGAGUUAUGCAGCGCGAUUAAAAAUUGGCCGGGAACUGUCUAAAGAAGACAAAAAAAAAAGUUCGUCUUUAAAUGCCUGGAAAAAGAGAAUUCACUUUGUCCAAAAUCGAAAUUUUUUCUUUGAGGGAAAGAUCUUUUCGACAUGUUUGAAAACAUUCACGAUCGAGUUGAAAUUCACGGUGAACGAGGUACUGGAAUUAUUGGGGGUAUCGGUGUGCCGUAACACUUACGUGGAGAAAUUGUCCGGAGGUCAGCGCAAGCGUUUGUCUGUCGCCCUUGAAUUAGUCAACAAUCCACCGGUGAUAUUUCUAGACGAGCCCACCACUGGGCUGGACAUAGUAGCGAUCAAACAGUGCGUUACCCUGUUGGUCGAUCUCGCUAAACAAGGAAGGACCGUGGUGUGCACCAUACACCAGCCCAGCUCAUCCUUAUACCACAUGUUUGACCACGUAUACAUGCUGGCCAGAGGAUCUUGCAUAUACAACGGAUCACCCAGACAGUUAGUUCCGUUCCUUGCCCAAAUCGGACACGUUUGCAAACCCACAUAUAACCCGGCUGAUUUCGUUUUCGAAGUGUUAGACAACGAUACAAUAGUUGAGCUAACCAAAGAGAUACAAAACGGAAAAAUGAUAUUAUGUGAUGAUUUAGACGAGAUGGAAAAAAACGUUUCAACCUCUAAACUUUGUCGGAAUGAAACGCUAAUUGCAUUACCGCCAGUCUUCGACGAUCACAAAUCACAAAUCAAGGAAUCCGAUUUAGAAUACCCGUCAUCGUUCUCAACGCAGUUUUCCAUAUUAUUGGAAAGGAAAACCAAACAGUUCAUUAGAAAUAAGAUUGGUCUAUGGAUAUCGUUCUUCCAUCAUGCUUUUUCAGCGUUACUUAUCGGCAGCAUUUACUACGGGAUCGGUUUGGACGGUAGCCACCCAUUCGAGAACUUUAAGUUUUGCAUCAGUGUUGUCGUCUUCUUCGUUUAUACUCACAUCAUGGGACCAGUACUCACGUUUCCGUCGGAAGUCAAAUUACUGCGGCGAGAAUAUUUUAAUCGUUGGUACAGUCUUAAAUCGUACUUCUUCGCGUCUAUGAUUACAUCCUUGCCGAGUAUGUUAUUAUUUGGAUCGCUAUUCAUUUUCAUCGUAUACUUCUUGUCCGCUCAACCGAUAGAGUGGAUAAGGUUCACCCAAUUCAUGGGCGUUGGACUGUUUACCGGCUACAUAUCCGAAGGAUUAGGUGUCCUCAUUGGAUCAUCAGUAAAUAACGCUACGGGCGCGGUGAUGACGCCAGCCCUGUUGGCACCGAUGCUCGCGCUGGCCGUGUACGGCAUGGGUUACGGGCUGGUCAUCGAGCCGUUGAUGGAGACGCUGAUGGCUACCAGCUUCCUACGGUACUCGCUGGUGGGCAUAUUGACGUCGCUGUUCGGCGACGGCCGCGCCGACUUGGCGUGCAACAAGGCUGACCUUUAUUGUCACUACAAGAACCCGGACCUGCUGCUCCGGGAUCUGGGAAUGAGCGGCCGGUCCAUCACCAACCAGUUCAUCGGGCUCACCGUGUUUGGCGUGCUCUUCCGGGUGGCCGCGUACUACGCCAUCAAACUCAGGAUGAUGAACCAACCGCUCAGGAAGAUACCGCUCUACUUCAAAAAGUUCCUGCGCGGCUAAGCAAGGCCCUGCACAGUCGUUGUCGCCGUCGUACGGAUGAUCGGUAAUCGGGGAAAUUAGACUGCAGUGUCCAUCGACUAAUAAUGGAGGGCAAGAGGCCAAACCCGCGGCUUGUUGUCGUUUUAAUUUAUUAUUAUUUUUAUAAUUCUUAUAAUUAUUAUUUUUUUUACUUAUACACGACAGCCAGGUCUAAACUCUAUCAAUGGCGAGUGGCAAAAUUGAUAAUUAUUUCAUAAUGAUUAUUUUUAUAUAUAUUUUUUUUUUUCAUCAUAAUCAUACACAACAUAU